CUACGCCGCAUUUAUUCAUAUGACUUUUCAGCUUUUCAAACGGCCAUUUGGUGGGUUUGUUUUACAGAAUGAAUGUAACUUGUCAGCCAUAAAUAACAAGCACAGCUGAAAUAGUGUACAUGGUCUAUACCCACAACCACAUACCCCAUACACAGGCUGUUAUCGACAUCUAUCACACAUCCGUUAUGACUGCACAGCACAACCCUUCUCUCCACCAUCUCUGUCAGCCGUGUCGUGGACGAGCACCGCCUCUAUGUGGAAGUUCGGAUUGGGAUUGGUUAUUUAUUAUGCCAAUUGAAAUAUGGACGAAUCCCUGACGACACCAGCUCCCAACAACAACAGCGCACGGCGGACAACGGAAUUGUUACUGACGAUACCCGGGAUGUCGAAGUACAAACUGUUUCUGCUGAGGCACGGGGAGGGGUCGUGGAAUAUAGAGAACCGCUUUUGCAGCUGGGUGGACCAGAAGCUGAGCGAAGACGGCGUGAAGGAGGCCCAGGCGUGCGGCAGGCUGUUAAAGGAACGAGGGUAUGAAUUCGACCAGGUGUUCACCUCUUUGCUGAGCCGCUCGAUACACACCGCCUGGCUGGUUCUGGAAGCCAUGGGGCAGGAGUGGGUGCCCAUGGUGAAGUCCUGGCGGUUGAACGAGCGCCACUACGGUGCCCUGAUUGGGCUGAACCGGGCGGAAAUGGCCCUCAACCACGGGGAAACCCAGGUGAAAGUCUGGAGGAGGAGCUAUGACGUCACACCCCCUCCCAUCGACGAAUCGCAUCCCUACUUUUUUGAGAUCUACAACGACCGCAGGUACAGCACCUGCGAUGUGCCCAGAGAGAGGCUGCCCCGUUCAGAGAGCCUGAAGGACGUGCUGGAGAGACUCUUGCCCUACUGGGAAAAUGUGAUAGUGCCAGAAAUCAAGAAAGGCCAAAUGGUGCUGAUUUCAGCCCAUGGGAACAGCUGUAGAGCCCUGCUGAAACACAUUGAAGGGAUCUCGGAUGCGGAUAUUGCUGGUGUUACUUUGCCCACCGGAAUUCCAAUUCUUCUGGAGCUGGAUGAAGAUCUCCGUCCCCUGAGUCCGCGCCAGCUACUGGGAGACCAGGAGAAGAUCCAGGCAGCCAUCAAAAAAGUUGACGACCAGGGGAAGGCCAAACAAACAGGAAAAUAAGGGGUCAGGAGGUGAACAGAGUGGUUUGUGCCAAGUAAUGCUUGGGUGGCUCAAGGUAUGGCAUAUUGGUAAUGGUCCCUGUCUACUUUCCUUCAAAUGUAUUCUACUGACCUGUUUUCUCUUGACAUAAAAAUUAUCUGAUUUAUUACAGGCAGGUUUGGGCAAGCUACUAGUACAAUGUUUGCCGCAUAGGUUUGUAAUAUUGUGGCAUUUUGCAAUAACUGGGAGUAUGUAGUUACACGUGAUUUUUUUUUUGCACUUUCAGAACAUUUAAUUGUGUGGGCAUCCGAUUACUGUAGUUUCUAGUUUUUUUGUUUGUUUGUUUGUUUGUUUUUUACUUUUUUAAAAACAUUUUUGAAGGUUCCUGAAAAGCAUGUAACCCAUGAAGAACCAUUGUGGACCUAAAACGCACACUUUCCACAUCUGUUUGCACACAUGGCAUCAUUUCUUUUUUUCUCAAAAGGGAGCACAGCUUAACUUUCCAUACACCUUAUGUACUGUACAUUAAUUAAAAAGUGCAAGUAAAUACCCAAGCUGAAAUGUUUAAAAUGACUAACACCUCUUUGAGCAGCCCCAAAUGUAUCGGGAAGCCUUGUCAGCGGGAUUUUGAGAGUGGCGCAAGUGCUGUUUUCUAGUCAUUGACUUGGGCUUUGUCUACAGGUAUUACUGAGGGUGUAUUGCACCAUGCAAUAUAAAGUAGUGCUGUCAGUUCUAACAUUGUCAUUUAAAUUACAUUCCAUUUAUGCAGGCAAAACAUCGUAUUCAGUAUUGAGGAAGUAAAGAGCACAAGGCUAUCACGCUAGCUGCUUAUUUUGGUUCAUUUGGAGGCAAAUGUUCAAAACCAGAGAUGCCUCCUGAUUUUAUGCGUUGAUGGAUCCUCCAUUAUCAUUACAGUUUUACCUCAUAAGUUAAAGACUGCAUUCUGUACUGAAACAAUAAUGUUACUCAUAGUCUAACAAAUUAGAGCCAGCGCCUGUAAUACCUUUGUGCGCUACGUGCAUUUUAUUGAUUUUUAAAGAAGUAAAAUUAUAGAACAUUUUGAAUAAUCGCUGCACUUAAUCGCCGAAGAUGACCUCACUUUGAAUGAAUGGCUUCCGUAGCAUGAGUCCGAGACUAAAAAAGGGAGGACAGUUUUAUUUAUACGAGGCAACGGCUUUUUAAACAAUAUUUUUUCAGAUGGAAAAACCAAAUCUUUAUUAAGAAUGCACUUUUAAAUUGAAUGAAUUGGCAGAAAUGUGAAGGCUAUUAAAUCCCUUCUGACCACGACAUUUACGGAUGAGUAAAUAAAAAAUGGCAUUCAUUUAAAUAUUAUGGUUUGCUUAUGAGUGGAUGAUUGUAAGAGGAGGUUAUUAUUCCAAGUCCACAGCUGCUCGGCCUUUUCUUUAAACAAUGUAUUUAAGCUAUCGUUACAAGACAUAGGCUAAGCUGUUCCUUCUUCAUUCAUUUGUAUGAUUGUCACAACAAGAUGGCAGCAGUUGAAAUGAGCCAAACCACUCAACUCUGAUUUAGCGUUGCUAAUAUAAAACCGCAAUAGGAUUUGUGUUUAGGUCACUAAUUGCGAACAUAGCAUUUUACCAAAAAUGUUACUUUUUAAUAUUAAUAUGGCUGAACUUGAUGCACUGUUUAAUUGUUAUUCAUUUUCAAAACUGCAGAUGGGAUUAUAGUUUAUCAAGAAGAUUCUGUUACAUUUAUAGAAUAAAAUAUUGGAAUGUUUUAGAUGCAUAUUAUAAUAUCUGCAUUCAGUUACACAUAAAAUAUGCAGCAUUCCAUGUUGUUUGUUAAUGUAUUAAUUUUAAUGUGAAAUUCAGUGUAUUUAUUUUCUAGCACUAAUGUAAACAUGUAUAUUUGUAGCUCUUUUUGUAAAAUUUGUUUUUAUCACAAAAAAACUUGAAUAGUGAUAAUACCCACUCUUAAGUAGUUGUCGUAUUCCAAAAAAAUACAUUGUAUAAUUCCAAUAUUUACUGUUAACAUAUUACUCAUGCAUGGGUGCCCAGUACAGGUUUUGGUUGAAUCUGUUGAGAAGUGCUGUCACAUGUCAUGGCUUGACUGUAGUGGUGUUCUGUGUUUUUUGUUUUCUGCUGUGUCUUUUCAUUUUAACUCUUUUUUCAGGGAACCACUGUGAAACAUUUAACCUGUGUUAAAAUGCAGAAUGAAGUACUGUAGACAGUUGUGUUUGUAUUGCUCACUAUCCUAUGCAUUGAGACUCACCUUUAACUUUCUUAUGUCUCUUGAAGGUCUCUGUGUGUAAUCUACACAGUUGUACCUCAAUUGAUAAUGAACGUAUGUACUUAUGAACAGGAUGGGUACCCAACCUGUCGCUCACAUAGAGUUGUUUUAGAGUCAAAGAUGUUCACAUAUUGUGAUAGCAACCCUCUCCAAAAUUAACCUGACCAAACUAAAAAAAAAACAAGUAUAUAAUUGAUAUGCUUUUUGGCUGGCAUUGAUGGGCAUUCAAGCUUUUUUUUUUUUAAUAGUAAGAAAUAUGUUUGCUGCUUGGUGAUGACAGAUGAAUCAAUGUAACUUGCACAUAGCCACAAACUAUAACUACUGUGCUGAUGUGCAAUGAGGGGGGGGUGGUUAAAACCUACGUUAUGUUUAGCAGACACCCUUAUCCGGAACAACUUGCAUUCUUUAUAUAUAGCUGAGCAGGGUGAUCACUGAAGAAGUUCAAGUUGAAUAUCUUUGUUCAAGUGUACCAUAGGUAUAUCUCAGCUGGGAUUCAAAUCUUUAACCUCAAGAGUUACAAGCCCAAUUGCCUUACUGUUUUACUGUGCUGCCAUUCUCUGUGUUGUUAUUGUGUUGUUACAGAACAUCCCUAAUAAAACUAUCCAAGCUUCUAA